CCUGUUGUCCUCAGACUGAAAAGGGAGGGAACGGAGCGAGUGGGGAGAAGUGGUGGUUCCCUCCUCCUUCUGGAUUCAGUUCCUCUCUUCUUUUGUGCCGAGAAGAUCUGACUGCGCAGCCUAAAACCUUAUGCUGUGCACGAGAGUUUGAUAAAUCACGGACCGAUUGGAACAGAACACAUGCAGACUCAGCAAAGUGCAGAAGUGGUCGGCCGUCUAAAUGGCUCUGGGAUUGUUUUCUCUGGGAAGCCUGGAGUUUCGUCAAACCAGCAUGUUCUAACUUCUCCUGAGCUGACCCAUGAGGUGGUCAUCUCCCCCGGACUUCCUACUUCUCCUCUGAGCCCCUCUAUGAGGAAGAUGGGUGAAGAAGUCAAGGGGUCAGAGAUGAAUGGAGGAGGGCCAUCAGCUCUUAGCUUUGGAUCAUACUAUGGACCUUCAGAAACACAAAGUAGAGUGUCUAAUGGAGACCGCAGUGCUUCCACUCUACCCAGAGGCUGGGCACCUGUUCGAGAAGAGAGAUUCAUCAAGUUUUCCGGGAUAGGACCUGUGGAUGAGAGCGGGAUGCCCAUCGCCUCCAGAUCUAGUGUCAACAAACCCAAAGACUGGUACAGGAGCAUGUUCAGACAGAUCCACAAGAAGCCAGAAGAGUUGGAGGACUCUGAGCCCUGGUCGUCUGAAAGCCUACGGUGGUCUGGCAGCACAGAGACAAACGAUAAAGACGACCAGAAUCUGUUCAGACUAACACCUCACGGAGCUCUGCCAGACUGGAGCGAGGAUGUUGAUAAAGUGUUAGACCCAGGGAAGCUUCAACCUCAACCACGGAGCAUCUUUGAUUUUGAACCAGGAAAGAGCUCAACCUCGGACAGCCACAGCCAGAAUCUUUUAUCCCCAAGAAAGCAGCCAGAGAAAACAAAAUCUCCUUCCAUUGAGGCCAGCUUGGCAUCCGAGUUGAGUCAAUUUGAGGCUGAACUGGACUCGGAGAUUCUGGGUCUGGAGAGGACACUUUCGCAGAAGAAGCAGCGUCGAGGCUGGGGUGAGGAGGCCAGAUCCAGGGAUCCAGUAGCUGCUCCGAACACUGGUGCACCCAUCCACAGCAAUUCAUCCUCAGCACAGCAUUUCCAGUAUUCUGGUGCAACGUCAACGCCUUCUCCUGCGUAUGCAGAAGUCGUUUCAUCAGCAAAUGAAACCAUGGAGCUUCCAUCAAAAAAAGAAGAAAAAAAGAUGAAAGCUGCAAGAGCCAGGUUUGAUUUUCAGGCUCAAUCACCCAAGGAGCUGACGCUGCAGAAAGGGGACAUUGUUUACAUCCGCAGGCAGAUAGAUGCCAACUGGUUUGAGGGCGAGCACCAUGGAAGAGCUGGCAUUUUCCCCACAUCUUAUGUAGAGAUUCUGCCUCCUACAGAGAAGCCGACGCCCAUCAGGUCUCCCAGUAUUCAGGUGCUGGACUAUGGGGAAGCUGUGGCUCUGUAUAAUUUCAACGCUGACUUACCCGUUGAGCUUUCUUUCCGGAAGGGUGAGGUGAUCAGCAUUAGCAGACAGGUUGAUGACAAGUGGCUUGAAGGCAGGAUUUCUGGAACAAACCGAAGCGGCAUCUUCCCAGCUAACUAUGUCCAGGUCAACAAGAUGCCUCGCACCAAAUUCUCUUUGGACGGUUACACACCAGGCCCCACCUCUCCCAUCCCCACUGGACCACAGAGUCCAGGACGACCACUGCAUUCCCCUUCGCCGCGAUCACCGUUGUCACAUUUCUCCCCCACUUCGCUGAGCCCAAAGCCAUCUUCACCUGUUCCGUGUGGCACCCCGGUUUCUGAGUCACACUCUCCCAUACAGACCCCUUCACCAGGUCGAACACCCUACGGCACGUACAACGCUGCUCCAUCCAACAACCACAACAGCCACUGGUCUUCUCAGAGCUCCAAAGUGAGAGCUGUGUCUCCUUCCACUCAGUCACCAGCAUACGUGCACAAAGCAGGAGCUCUGUCAACAAAUGCAUCCAGACACUCUGAUGGCUCACAGGGUGCCAUCCCAAACCAGGUUGCUCCUUCAAAUCCACCUGUCUCCUCACUGAACAACAUCAGUUCAACUGCAGCGCAACACCAACCAUAUAAAGCUGUUUACAACUACAAGCCGCAGAAUUCAGAUGAGUUGGAGCUCAGAGAAGGAGAUAUUGUACACGUCAUGGAGAAGUGUGAUGAUGGAUGGUUUGUAGGUACGUCAGAACGGACUCAUACUUUUGGAACUUUUCCUGGGAAUUAUGUGACACCUGUUUAACUUUAACUAUCACUUGUGCACACCCAUCAAGACUCACUCCCCCUCCCAAACCACGGAGCAACAGGGCCUGCAUGCUCACUCUCUUUGUCAUAAAAGAGCUCCUCCAUGGCUUCCCCUCUCACCUCCUGCACGUGUGUGCGCGCACAUCCAGAAAAUGUGUGUGUUUGUGGUGCACAGACUUAAAGGGUGUAUUCACGCACACCGAUUGAAAAGAAUGAACACAGAUGAGGCUGUUUGGAACACUAAUGAUGGACAGCUAUGGACAGCUGUAGAAUAUUUCCACAGAAGAACACUGGUUCAGAUCUUACUCUAUUAUGCAUUCAGCUUUUUCUACACAGUGCCAUCACUAUUCAGUACUGAAAUGUAUGGAUUGUUCAUAGAUUUUUGCUAGAGUAUUAAUGAUUCUCUCAAAUAUGCUCCUCAGAUCUUUGAGAAACCUGAAGGAGGUCUAAAGAAACACCACAGAGUUCUGUAAACAGCAGAAGUGUAAAGCACAUAAGGGUUCAGACAGAAUAAGAUCAGUGGACAUUCAUUGUACAUUUUAUUGCUGUUGGGAUUUUAACUUUUUUUUUUUUUUUUUUUUUUUUUUUUAAGGAGUAGUUUGCCAAUGCAAAGUAAAAAUGGACAUAUAUGGUGCAGUUAUAGAAUAUUGGUGUUUUUCACCUCUAUAAAUAAUAAAAAAAAAACUGUUUGGACUAAGCAAGAAUCUAAAUGUCUUUUCAGAAAGAUUUCUUUAGUGAAUAUUUAAAAAAAUUCUAGCAUUUCAUGCCAAAAAAAAGAAUUCAAUCUGAAAAUUUCUUUCUUACUUGUUUAUUUCUUUCCUUACUGCUACAGCUUUAGAAUUCAUCUUUUGGUUGUGAAACUAAUGUUCUUUCUUUAAAAAACAGUAUUUGAAAACGUUUCCAGAUCUGUGCUGGUCAACUAUUUUGAUACGUUUAUAUAGAGAAGAACUUGAAAGCCUGAUUGUAAGUCUUAUUUUGGAGUUUUACAUGAGAAAUGCAUGAUUAUCCUUCAAACUAUUUUGUAGAAACUGGGGAUGAUUGUACAGAUUGUGACAGUUUCUAAAAUUAAAAGUAUAAUAUAUAUAUUUGCUUCAAAUAUAUUGGAUAUAUAUGGUACACAAUUUAUAUACAUAAAAAAUAAACAAUAAAGAGUGAUAUCUAAAGUGA